AUGAGGGGUUUGGAGGUUGAAGGUAUUUUGUAUGAGGUGGAGUCAAAGAUUCAAGAUCAAGUGGUGGGUUUUUAUGAGUCUUUAUAUCAGGAGUCGAAAUCUUGGAGGCCCACUGUUGAUGGCCUAGAGUUUGCAAAUCUGGAUGAAAUUGAUUGGCUUUCCCUAGAAAGGGAGUUUGAGAAGGAGAUCAUUACGGCUCUUCGGGAAGUUGAAGGGGAUAAGGCUCCUAGCCCUGAUGGCUUUACCAUGGCCUUCUUCCAAAAAUGUUGGUGUGUGCUUAAGAAGGAUAUUUUGGCUUUCUUUGCCGACUUCCAUAAAGAAUGUAUAUUUGAGAAAUCUCUCAAUGCCACCUUUUUGUGUUUGAUACCUAAGAAGAGUAAUGCGGUUAAUAUUAGAGACUUUUGCCCUAUCAGCCUUGUGGGUAGCUUGUAUAAGCUUUUGUCAAAGGUGUUGGCACAUAGACUUCGAAUUGACAGUAGACUGAAGAAUGGAAAUCUGGGUGUAAUUGCUAAAUUGGAUAUUGAGAAGGCUUAUGAUCAUUUCUCGUGGUCUUCAACCGAGGAUCCCUUAUCUGCACUCUUGUUCUUGUUGGUGAUGGAGGCAUUGAGUAGGUUGUUGAAGAAGACAGAAGAUGAAGGCUUUCUUACCAGUUUCCAAGCAAGCCCCACUGUGGGAGAAGGAGCUAUCACAAACUUGAAAGUAAAUGUUGGUAAGAGUGAGAUUGUGCUAGUUGGUGAGGUUAGGAAUUUGGAUGCUUUAGUCCGCAUUUUAUGUUGUAAGGUUAGCCGUUUGCCCAUGACUUACUUGGGUUGUGUGCCGGUAGAGGCAGGUGGUUUGGGGAUUCAGAUGAUUGGGUUGUUUAACCAAGCUUUACUAGGGAAGUGGCUUUUGCCCUUUGGGAAGGAGCUAUGUUUUAAAAACCGGAUCGGAUCAGCUGGCCAAUCGGUUGAAUGGGGAACUGAGGGCCAUUCCUGA